AUUGACAUUUGUGAUUAGUCUACAUUUUGCUCUGCGAGAAUAUCUAAAAAAAAUUCAAUUUGUGCAAUCAAGAAAAAUUUUUAAUAAAAGUUAUUCCAAAAAAAAUCAUCUCGCACCACUUUUCGUCCGUUUCUUCUUCGUCGUUGUCGUCCCCAUAAAAAAAAAAAGAUUUAAAUUAAAGAAAAAAGAGAACUUAACUUUUUUUUAUUCUUCAUUAAAUUAAAUUAUAAAAAUUCAAGAAUAAGUUUAGAAACAAAUCCAAAUUCCGUGAAUUUUUGCAACAAAGAAAAACAAGCAAAAUCUAGAAGAAAAACAAAAAAAAAAACCAAAAAACUGCAAAUGUCUCAAUCGCAACCAAGCAGCUCAGCUGUACGUGCUUUGGCACUCGAAUACAAAUCGCUGCAAGAGGAACCCGUCGAAGGUUUCCGUGUGAAACUUUGCAACGAGGACAAUCUCUUCGAAUGGGAAGUGGCAAUCUUUGGGCCACCCGACACACUCUAUCAGGGUGGCUAUUUUAAGGCACACAUGAAAUUCCCUCCAGAUUAUCCAUAUUCACCUCCAUCGAUUCGUUUUCUGACCAAAGUCUGGCAUCCGAAUGUUUAUGAGAAUGGUGAUUUGUGUAUUUCGAUUUUACAUCCACCGGUCGAUGAUCCACAGAGUGGAGAACUGCCGUGCGAGAGAUGGAAUCCAACACAGAAUGUGAGGACAAUUUUGCUGUCGGUUAUUUCAUUGUUAAAUGAACCGAAUACGUAUUCGCCAGCUAAUGUGGAUGCGUCAGUUAUGUAUAGGAGAUGGAGGGAUUCUCAGGGUAAAGAUAACGAAUACCCAAAUAUUAUCAGAAAACAAGCUCUUGCUGCAAAUGCUGAAGCCAGGAAGGAAGGAAUCACUGUACCAACGACACUCGAAGAUUACUGCCUCAAACCGACUAAAAAGCCUUCCCAAGAGCCAAUGUUGGAUAUGACAAAUUUCUACGAUGAUGAUUUUGAUUUGGAAACAGAAGAUGAUCAACAAACAGACGACGAUGAUGAUGAUGAUGACGAUGAUGCCGAAGAGUCAGAUUAUGCCGAUGGCGAUGACAGCGGCAAAGGUGAAACAUCAUAAUCUCCCACCCUAAUGACUUUAUCGUAGAGGUCUAGCUUAACUGGCGGAUAAGCUCAAGCGGAGGGGAAAGAAUAGAAUAUAUUCUAGUUCUAAUAAUGAAUUUUAAGUGUGUGUUGUGUAAUACGCAUCCUUUUAAACAAAAAAACAAAACAAAAAACAAA